AAGCCUAUUGGAUCAACCUAACUCCUUCCGUUGUCCCUCAUAAUUUAAUGAGUAAAAUUGGGUCAACCAAACGGCUAUAUUUAAUUCCGUGUGCCUCCAUUAUUUUCUCACUUUCUCCCUUAUAUAUAUAUAGUGUACAGACGUGAAACCCUUAACUGUAAACCAAGCAAGAAGUAAUGGAAGAAGAAACAUAUUUUCCAGACACCGAUCUGGACUUUAGCUUCACUUCCACCACCACCAACAGAACCUUUCCUUGCUCCAGCGCUCGUUCCAGUUUAGCAAGAUCCAGUCUUACCCUCAGCUUCAAUGAAUCCCGCCUUUCCUCUUCCACCACAACCACCGGUAUCACACCCCUCCACCACCGCAAAUCGGAUCCUCGUUGGUCCUGCAUUAAAGCAGCCACCAACCUCUCUUCCGACGGAAAGCUACACCUCCGUCACCUCAAGCUCGUUCGCCACUUGGGUACCGGAAACCUCGGCCGGGUGUUCCUCUGUCACCUUAGGGAUUGCAACAACUCCACCUUCGCUCUGAAAGUGAUCGACAGGGAUACACUGAGCAACAAGAAACUCUCCCACGUUCAAAUGGAAGCGGAGAUCUUAUCCAUGCUGGACCACCCGUUUCUCCCGACGCUUUACGCCCGUAUCGAAGCUUCUCAUUACACCUGUCUCCUCAUCGACUUCUGCCCUAACGGAGACCUCCAUUCUCUCCUACGUAAACAACCGGGAAACCGUUUCCCUCUAUCCGCCGUUCGGUUCUUCGCCGCCGAAGUCUUGGUUGCUUUGGAAUAUUUACAUGCAUUAGGGAUCGUUUACAGGGAUCUUAAACCCGAAAACAUUUUGUUACGUGAAGAUGGGCAUAUAAUGCUGUCGGAUUUCGAUUUGUGUUUCAAGGCUGAUAUGGUCCCCACUCUCAAAUUCCUCCGCUGCCAAAGAGGAAGGUCAAAGUGGAACUGUUUCAGCGGAGGAGGCUGUUUCGGUCCUGUGGCCGGUUCGGGCGAAGAAGAAGAAGUUUUUCCUGAUUUUGUAGCUGAACCCACAUCGGCGUUUUCACGUUCGUGCGUUGGAACCCAUGAGUAUUUAGCACCGGAGCUCGUUUCCGGCACCGGCCACGGUAACGGCGUUGACUGGUGGGCGUUUGGGGUGUUCAUUUACGAGUUACUAUACGGAACGACACCGUUUAAAGGAGCCAGCAAAGAGAGUACUCUUCGGAACAUAGCUUUGAGCCGGAAAAUGAAAUUCCCCCAAGCGGUGGAACUAGAAGAGGCUGGAACCGCAGAGGCAAAGGAUUUGAUCGAGAAAUUGCUGGUAAAAGAUCCAAGGAGGAGGCUAGGGUGCACCAGGGGUGCGCAGGAUAUUAAACAACACCCGUUCUUUGAUGGUAUAAAAUGGGCAUUAAUCAGGCACUACAAACCGCCGGAGGUGGUAAGUGGGGUUGCGAGGAGAAGGGGGCACGUGGGCCUUGUGAAGCGGAGGCGUUGGUUUUGGAAAGCACUUGAUUGUUUAAUGAUUAGAAAUAAAAAUAAAAGGUCUCAUUCACAUUCUCUUUUGGGAUCCUAUACUAAACUUAUUAAUCCCAGCAAUUACUAUGAUUAUGUUCAUAAUAAUAAUCCUAGGAAGAAUGGUUAGGG